AAAUAACAUCAAUUGAAAGUUAUUAAAGCUUAAAAAGAAGGUUUGUUGGUUUUCGAAAUUCCUGUAACUUAUGCUACUGAAAUGUUAAGCUUUGCAGAAGAGAAAUUGUCUGCUGUCUGCGUGAACUAACUAGACUUUCCAAGAAAAAUGAGCAGGGUGGAUAGCAACGACAAAACAACGCUUUCCGGAAACGGCUAUUAAGAAGAAACGAACAUGAAAAACAAAAAAAUCGUCAUCGUCUUGUGAUACUUACAGACAAGCUGUGACUUUAGUCCAAAGCUGUGCUUGUUUUGGGCGUCAACUUUGUCGAUCAUUUCUAGCGAAACUCGAAUCUUAGUUACCACAGCAGUAUGUUCAAGCUUCGCUUCCAUACGUGCAAAAUCGUCUUGGCUACUUCGCUGGUGUGGUUCGUGUGUGUGAUACUGCUUCUGAUGUAUUAUACGGAUUGUAUAGGAGACAACAGUGAAGCUUGUCAGUCUUUCAGGAAGCAAAAGUCUGAAAGUAGUCCUCUUCGAAACAUUCCACCGAGGUUUAUGAGGAUGGUGCAACCGUCCACGAGUACCAAAGAUAAUAAGUUCCGUCACUGGAGCCCAGUUGUGGUCAACAGCAAUCCGAGCCAUUGGCCUGGGGAGAUGGGACGGGCAGUAGUGAUACCAGCUGAAGAGGAGGAACUACGCAAAGAGAAGUUUAAACUGAACCAAUUCAACUUGUUGGCUUCCGACAGAAUUGCCCUUAAUCGGACCUUACCAGACGUCAGAGCAGAAGGAUGCAAGACGAAAACAUACGCUUCUAAACUACCAUCAACGAGCAUCGUGAUCGUGUUCCACAACGAGGCCUGGUCAACCCUCUUGAGGACCAUCCACAGCGUCAUCAGGAUGUCCCCGCCGGAGCUCAUCGAGGAGAUAAUCCUGGUCGAUGAUGCCAGCGAAAGAGAUUAUUUAGGGAAACAAUUAGAAGAGUAUGCCUCUAAAUUAUCUAUUAGUGUCAAAGUUUUGAGAACAGGCAAACGAUCUGGUUUGAUCCGAGCUCGACUGAUUGGGGCUGCAGCAGCCAAGGGGCAGGUGAUCACAUUCCUAGACGCCCACUGCGAAUGCACAAUUGGCUGGCUUGAGCCACUGCUUGACAGGAUAGCUGAGGACAGGACCCGCGUCGUGUGUCCCAUCAUCGAUGUUAUCAGUGACACAAGUUUCGAAUACGUUCCUGCUUCCGACAUGACGUGGGGUGGCUUCAACUGGAAGAUGAAUUUCCGAUGGUACAGGGUGCCGCAAAGAGAAGUUGACAGAAGGAAUGGCGACAGAACGCUACCCGUCAGGACUCCAACUAUGGCAGGUGGUCUCUUUUCUAUCGACAAAGAUUAUUUCCAGGAGAUAGGAAAAUAUGACGAAGGCAUGGACAUCUGGGGUGGUGAAAAUUUGGAGCUUUCUUUCAGGAUAUGGAUGUGUGGAGGAACUCUAGAGAUAGUAACUUGCUCUCACGUAGGGCACGUCUUUAGAAAAUCAACGCCGUACACAUUUCCUGGUGGUACGAGCAAAAUAGUCAAUCACAAUAAUGCCCGGCUUGCAGAAGUCUGGCUGGAUGAGUGGAAAGACUUUUUCUAUGCAAUAAAUCCAGUUGCUAAAAAAGUUGCUGCUGGUAACGUCACAGAACGCAGAGAGCUUAGGAAAAACUUGCACUGUAAAACAUUUAGAUGGUACUUAGAAAACAUAUAUCCAGAAUCACAAAUGCCGCUUGACUACUACCAUCUAGGAGAAAUUAGAAAUGAAAUUACUAACAAAUGCCUAGAUACAUAUAACAGGAAAAAUGGAGAAAAUGUUGCUGUGAGUCCUUGUCAUGGAAUGGGCGGAAAUCAGGUGUUUGCAUAUACCAAGAGAAAACAAAUAAUGUCAGAUGACAAUUGCUUAGAUGCAUCAUCCCAUCGUGGUCCUGUUAAAUUGGUUCGAUGCCACGGGAUGGGUGGAAAUCAGAUGUGGGAAUACGAUGAAGAGGAAAAGACAAUACGGCACAUCAACACUGGAAAAUGCUUGGACAAGCCUGAAGACAAAGACCCCACUCUCCCUCUGCUAAAGGACUGCGACGGCCGCGUCACCCAAGUUUGGAUCAUGAAGGGGAAAUUUAAAUGGCAAGUCUCUUAAACAGAAGUGGUUCUGAAUUAGGUACUUAAUUAAAAUAUGAGAAACUCUAUUCCUAAAAUGUAUUUUCUGAAGAUACAGCUAAGACAAGAAGACUUUCAGAUGAUAAACUGUGGUUCCUUUAAAGGAAUGAGUUAAAACAUUCCAUGCUGGUUGUAAUAUAUGUAAAUCGAACGUUUGUUAAGAUUUUGGAUAGUGUUCUCAUAGUUCCUGAUGUUUUAAAACUUGCAUUCCGCCGAUAAUUUUAUUUAUUUUUAAAAAAUCAUUUAUUAAGGUUUGUAAUUUUUGUAUUUGAUGUGUACAAUUUUUUAAGAAAUAAUUUAAUUUUAAUGCAUUUUUUCUUUCCAUAUUGGGAGCAUUGUGUUUUAUUUAACUUUAAUAAGAUGUUAAAAUGGUGCUGUGAUUACUUUCCAUUCCGGUAUUUUAGAAUUCUGCAUUUCCUGAAAUCCUAUAUGGUAUUAAUCUUUUGAGAUUUUACGAUAUUCGUUGUAAGAGUUUCGAACUGGGUCAUACAUUAACUUCUUAAAAAAAUUACUUCUUAAUUGAAAGGAAACGUACAUUUAUUACUAUUUUAUUUUUCCCGCUUUUAUUUUUAAUAUUGUUUAUUUAUUUAUCCCACAUUGAAAUACAUUCGGUGUCUCUUACGGCAAGUGAAAAGACAUUUUUCGUUUAUUGCUUAUUUGCGACGGAAAAUAACUAUUUUACUCUAUGAACCAUUAGAAAAUCAAAAGGUGUGUCACAAAAUGGAGCCCUGCUGGUAUUUGGGGUAGCAUUGCUGCGUUUUCGUGAAUAACUUUCUGCAAGACGACGUGAAUUUAUUGCCAAGUUGCUACAAUAUUUUAAGGUCUCAAAAACUACGUUACACAUAUUUUAUGUUUGUGCAGAUUUUCUUUUCAAACUAAAUCAGCAAUGCCGUUUUUCAAAAAGACCUAACCAAAAUAUUAUACUAAGAUUUUGCAAUUUAAAUAAUCUUGUUUGUUGAGAGUAUGAUUUAAGCGUGUAGAUAGUCGUUUUAAUUCCGUUUUCUUUUUGGCUGUAGAUUGUUUUUUUUUUUUUUUUUUUUCUAUUUCUGUUAUUAUGCAUGGAAUAGAAUGCAUAGUAAUUUUAAAAGAGUUUAUAAGAAAUUAUUUCUUUUUAAUGGAAAAUGGUGAAAUUUCGCAAAAUUUUAUGCUUAAAAAACCUGUUCUUCCUAUUCAUUUCACAAUAUGAAGAAUUUCUUUUAUCUGUUAUAGAAAUAAAACAAGGCAUUUUAAAAUUUCGUAAAAGAAAUAAAGUUUUAACUUAACUACAUAAAUAUCGCCAAAAUACAGCAUCACUUCGAUUUAACGAUUGUCAAGGGACUGGAAAAAGUUAUUGUUAAAUAGAGGCGUAUAGACAUUCAAUGCAGCCAAAUCCGGAUCAGUGAAAUGUAUCAUUUAAAUUUGAGGAAAUCGUUAAAUCGAAGGUAACUGUAGUUGAUUCAACGAAUAUCGUAUAAUCUCUUAAUCUUCAGUGCCAACUGAACCGAAAGCAAGUUGUGAUAUUGAUGUCUUUUAACGAUACAAAUAUUCCUGGAAAGAAAAAAAAGCAAAUAAAAGGGCAGUAUUUGUAAUUUUCAGUGCUUUGUAACUUAAAAUGUAAUUAUUAAAGGUCAGUGGCAUGUGCCAGUAAUUAUUUCCAAAAUAAAAUAUGUUUUAUAU